GCAAUUAUAUCGAAUUUGGUGCUGAGCAAGUCAUUAUUGUACGUAAUGAUGAUACUAAAAAGGAAGUUAAGAAACAAAUUAAAGGUGGUGGAUUAGUAAUGACAGUAUUUGAAGCUAAGGGCAUGGAAUUUAGUGAUGUACUAUUGUACAAUUUCUUUACCGAUUCUCCAGCUGGACUAAAGUGGCGAGUAAUUGAGGGUAUUCGGAACUUCUCUCACGAGAAUCACUAUAUUCUUUGCUCGGAACUCAAGCACCUUUAUGUCGCAGUCACGAGGGCGCGGCAGCAUAUAUGGAUAUUUGAUGAAAAUGAUUGUCCAAUCCGAACAUACUGGGAGCGUCAAGGAUUGGUGAAAGUAGUAGGGAGUAAAGAAGAAAUCAGUACUCUACCAACCUUGGCCAAAAAGAGUAGUUCACAUGAGUGGAAUAAACGAGGGAAAGAAUUUUUUGAACAGAAACAGUUUGACCAGGCUAUUUUAUGCUUUGAAAAAAGCGGAAACGAACCACAUCGCAAACUCGCAAAUGCAUGGCUUCUUAAGCAAGAAACUGAGGAUUCAAUAAAUAGUUCCGAUAGGGUCACCGUAAAAUCCCUUUUUAUUCGCGCCGCUCUUGCCUUCAAAGAUUGUUCUAAACCAGUUCAGGCUGCUACAUGUUAUCGAAAUGCCGAAAAAUAUAAAGAAGCUGGCGAUAUAUAUUGUGAAUGGAAUAUGUACACUGAAGCCGUUAUUGCAUACAAAGACGGUGGCUGUUUUAAAACCGUGAUUGAUUUAUUACAAAA